CAUCCUCCACCAGCUACUACUGGAGGAGCUACUCCUCAUCCUCUACCAGCUACUACUGGAGGAGCUACUCCUCAUCCUCUACCCGCUACCGUGGGAGUCUCUAUUAAUGUUACUCAUAGUGAAGGAAUGUCACCUGGUUCAACAGGAGGAUACAACUCAAAUUAUAAUGACAUUUCACUCCCACUGUCUGAAAGUGGAAAAUCAAAUAGUUCAACAUGUGCUGAUAGAUAUGGCUCUUCUGAAAAAAGUUUCCGCUUGACAAACGAGCUACAUGAUCUACAGGAAGAAUUUGAUGAGGCGAUUCGUAUUACAAAAAAAUCCUUCAAAUCAAGUGAUUUACAUGAAAUCAUUGACUACCUUCAAACACAUGUCAAGUCAUUACUUGGUCCUAAAAAGAGACAGCAAACAACAGCUGAAGCAGUUAGAGAAGAAUUUGAACUCAUAAAAACAAUACCAAAACUAUUCUUUGUACUACAAGACAAGUACGUGUCAUGGUUCAACUAUAAACUUAUGAUAAAACUUGUUGGAGUAUUUCUAGCUGAAAAUCGUUCGCUGAAGAGAACUUGGUCGGAGUAUGAAGAGAAGUUAAAGGAUUAUUUUAUAAACAGUCGUGGACUAUUGAAAGAUGCUGAUGCUGUACAGUUUGGUAUAACAGACGUUCCUCCUGGUACACGAGUAAUGAUUGCUAAAGUUGACAGAGAUGACUACACACUGGAUGACCUAUUCUUCUUUCGUAGAGCAAUACCAAAAGGUUUGGAUAUUCCUGAAUAUGACCUUUACUUCAGUUUUGUUCACAUUGGCUCUCUCUGUUUGGGUUACCUCAUUCCUGAGUAUCUUUAUUCUUUAUUAUUUCCUCUAACUAAAAAGCUACAGCAACAGUUAGCUAGUAUUGGUAUCACUGAACUAACAUGUGGUGAAUAUCAUAGGCGUAUUUGGACCCGGGCAAGCACGGGCUUUGCCCGGAUCACCUAUUAUUCUUUUUUUAUUCUGGGAAUAAAAUCCUCAGGCCUAAUGGAUGCUCCACUGAAUCCGAAUAGUUUUUGCUAUUACUGUUUUCAGGUGUUUACACUAGUCCAGCAGCUGCGUUUUCAUAACUUAUCAUUCGUUUAUAGAAGUAUCCGCUGCUUAGGUAUUCGUUUUCAAAUGUCUCCAGAUAAGUAUCCGUUUUCAUGUGUUUUAGUGUAA